GACCUGAGCGAAAACCUGAUUAAGUUUGACAGAGUAUAUUGUGCUCCCCUAGAUAGGCAUAUAAUUGUCUAUUAUUCUCAGAGCCAAUGUGAGCAAAUACCGUGUCUGCACAAUGGGACCUGUUUGCCCAAUUAUGAUGAUGAUACAUUCACAUGUAUUUGCGCCGUGGGUUACAUCGGAGCUCGAUGCGAGAAAGCAUGCUAUUCCGCACUUGGAAUGGAAGAUGGCCGUAUAAAAAAUCACCAAAUCACCGCUUCCAGUGACUUUGGUCCUAUGUACAAGGCUUAUUUCGGACGGGUCAACCAAGUAGCCAGUAGCAUCACCGUCGGCUGUUGGCAUCCGAUGCACUAUAAUCCGGACGAAUACUUGCAGGUGGACUUGGAAAAAGCGAAGUACAUAACCAUGGUUGCGACACAAGGCCGACCUCUUGAGGGGGGAUCCUGGCCAGGCUAUUAUCAGUGGACCAAGACGUAUGCCGUAAAAUUCAGCGAUGAUGUGACCAACUGGGCCGACUACUCCGAGGGGGGAGUUAUAAAGAUCUUCUCAGGAAAUACCGAUAGUGAAACAGUAGUAAAGCAUGAUUUGGUUGAGCCAAUCAAAGCGAGAUACGUCCGUUUCAUGGUCAAGUCGUGGCACAAUGAGCCUGUGAUGAGGGUGGAACUCUACGGCUGCGAGCCUUAAAAUGCCGUAUAUCCCCUUAAAGAAGAAUUUGCAGUCUAGUAGCAUUAGCCUUAAGCAAUUGCACCUGAUAUGAGGGCGGAACUCUACGGCUGCGAGCCUUAAAAUGACGUUUAUCCCUUCAAGACGAAUUUGCAGUCUAGUAGCAUUAGCCUUAUCGUACACACACCCAAAGAGAGUGACCUUAAACCACCAUAGACAGUUACAUUUUAUCUAUAUAAGAACUGAUUUCAUUAAGAACCUUGAAGCCUGCUCAAUAAUAAAAUGAGUAGUUUAUUUAGGCUAAGCGUCUUGCAUCUGCUCAAAGGGGAGCUAAUUUGAAGUACAGGGGCUUAGUCUUAGCUGGGCAAAAUGAGCAUCUACUUACAUCUACAUUUGCUUUUUUUGAUUAUAAAAACUAAGCACUGCUUACAAUGAAUGUGUAGUGGGUACUAUUGCACUUUUUUGUGAUUGUAAGCACCUGAAACAAAUAAAAAGAACAAAAAGAAGAA